UCAUGGAUACAAAAAAAUAUUCAUUAUCUUCUUUGUACUGUUGAAUCAGGGAUUUUGGAUUAAAGGUAAACUUUUGAGCGGGAGUUGGGACGCGGCAUUGUGAGAGAUGGAGACAAGUGGUGCCGACUCUGGCAGCAUGGCGCCAGCGCGCGUGAAGGAGGAGCCCGAGAUGGACAUGUCAGAACUGCGGGGGUCCAUAGAAUAUAACCAAGGUCUGCUCCGAUGUGACUUCGAUAAACAUGUCCUUGUUAAGGUGGAAGUAGAAUUCGUGGGUGAAGAGGAAUGUGUGAAGGAGGAGUGCGAGGAGGAGGAGGACAGCACAUACGGGUGGGGCGUGAGCGAGGCAGCCAUGCUGGCCGGCCUGUUUCCCAAGCAUGAGGUGAAGGACGAGCUCGUGCUGGGGCCGGAGCUCCCGCACCGCCCCGACGUCGGCCUUGUGGUGAGAGCGCCCGCUCAUGUCUCCCCUGCGGUGGUGUCGGGUCGGCGCCGCUCGUGCGCGGUCAGGCUGGAGCGCCUGCUGGUGGACGUGGAGCGGCGCACCUGCCGGGUCGGGCGCCGCACAUACAAGCUGCACACACACACCGCCGAGCACGCACACACACGCAAUGUCACCACCAUUUAUCAAUGUCACCAUUGCGGCAAACGGUUCAGGAACAAGUCGGUUUUAAAGAAACACGUACACACUCACUCACCUUUACAUAAUUCAACCGGAGAUUAUAGUUCAGAACGACAUACAAUAUUACACGGCGAUAAAAAGCAGGCUCACAUAACUAUACACGCAGGUGGAAAGCCUUACAGGUGUAACUACUGUGACUUCAAGACUACGCAUAAACCAAACUUACUAACUCACCUGAUGAUCCACACUGGCGAAAAGCCGUUCAAAUGUAGAUACUGUGAUUACGAGUGCCGUCGUCAAGUGGACUUAAAGUAUCACGAAAUGAGACAUACUGAGGAAAAGGCUUUUGCCUGUAGUAACUGUGACUUCAAGUGCUAUACAAAAUCAGAACUACGGAGUCAUGAAAAGAUACACUCUGAUGAAAAACCUUUCCAAUGUAGUUAUUGCAAAUACAAGUGCAAUAGAAAAAAUGUACUACGAAAUCACCAAAUGAUACAUACGGGUGAAAAACCUUUCCGGUGUAAGUACUGUGACUACGCGUGCCGUCGUAGAGGCGACUUACAGAAUCACGAAAAUAGACACACUGGGAAAAUGACUUUUGACUGUAGUAACUGUGACUACAAGUGCUAUACAAAAUCAGAACUACGGGGUCAUGAAAAGAUACACUCUGAUGAAAAAUCUUACCAAUGUAGUUAUUGCAAAUACAAGUGCAAAAGAAAUAAAGUACUGCAAAAUCACCAAAUGAUACAUACGGGUGAAAAACCUUUCCGGUGUAAGUACUGUGACUACGCGUGCCGUCGUAAAGACGACUUACAGAAUCACGAAAAUAGACACACUGGGGAAAUGCCUUUUGAAUGUAGUAACUGUGACUACAAGAGCUAUAGAAAAUCAGAUCUUCGGCGUCAUGAAAUGUUACACUGUGAUGAAAAACCUUUCCAAUGUACUUAUUGCAAAUACAAGUGCAAAAGAAAAAAAGAUCAACAAAAUCACCAAAUGAUACACACGGGUGAGAAACCUAUCCAGUGUAGUUAUUGCGAACACAAGGUCAGGCUUAAAACAAACUUAAAGAGCCAUAUGAAGCUACACACACAAGCUCACUUAAGGACUUAGCUAAGCAAGUGUUUUAGUAGUGGUAGUAAACACUUUAUUGCACAAAACAAGUACAUAACACAGAGAGAAUACAGUAAAUGUGUACAAAGGCGAACUUAUCCCCUUAAGGGUGUUUUUACUCAGUGGAAGACUUUUGUCAGCGUACUAAUUAAAAUUAUUUAUUGAAUUGUCAUUUUAUACACUAAUUAGAAUUAUUCAUUCACAUUUUUUUUUUGGGUUUUUUUAGGGUGCCGGUCUGUCCGUCUGUGACAGCCUAUUUUCUCCGAAACUACUGGACCAAUUAAGUUGAAAUUUGGUAUACAUAUGUAAGUUUAUGACCCAAAGACGAAUAUGUAACGUAAAGAAAUGGAUUUUAAACAUGUUAAACAUGGAGGCCACGUUUGGGGGGUAAAUGUGAAAAUAAAAAUAAAAAAUUAAACUAUAUCGUGUUACAUAUCAAAUGAAAGAGCUCAUUGUGAAAAUUUCAAAUAUAUAUAUUUUUUAUAAUUUUAGGAUAAACAAUUUUGAAGUUAUUCAAGAAAAUAGGCAAAAAAUGACCAUUUUUGUGUUAAUUAUUAGCCUUUACUGUUCUGAGCUAUAUUCUUGCCCUGGGCUCCACGGAAGACCAGCGCUGUAGCAUAUACCUAUAUGUUAGAGCAUAUGCUGAGUGGUGUCCAUUUGUAGC